AGCGCUCUCACACAGUCGGCGCGCAAGCUCAUCGUUGAUAGCGUACACACCACAGUUUAAGAAUAAGGCUGGCUCUUACUGUUCAAAGAAAAAUAGACACUCAACAUUUAAAACAAAAAGCUGAGUAAACAACAUCCAUUGAUCUAAAGUCAAGAUGAAAAAAGUCCUGAUCUGUUUAGCAGUUUGUUUUGUUUUUACUGCAGUGUAUGCAGCAAAAGCAGCAGUUGUAGACGAUGCCCAGGUGUUUGCCAACUUUCUUGAGAUCUAUGGAGGAGAAAACAGCGGAGUGGAGCAUAUCUUCGCCAAUGGGACAAAAGAAAACAUAAAAGCCAGUGUAACGAGAUCUCCUUUUACAGCUAAAUUCGGAGAUUCUUCGGAGCUUAAGUUUUAUCAAGUUUUCAAGGAGAGUAAUGGUAGUGAGACAAAAUCUGUGUUUGGUAUAAUGAUGUCAGGAGAUAAAAUAAUUGAAAAACGAUAUGCUUUCAACAGUGCCGCGCCUGCAGCUGCCAACAUAAACAAAAGUUUUUUAGAAAAUCAGUUAACAGCCAGCAUGGUUACGUACGCUCCCACAUGUGAUGUGACAUUUCUUCGGUUGGGUCAAGCAAUUGAUCAAUUUACAGCCAAAUCUCCUCCAUGCGACGACGCAGUAGAAGAUAACCCUGCGACGGCCAUUGUGAACUGCACUGGAACUUAUUACACCCAAACUAAAUCUCUGGACAAGUAUUCUGAAUUCAAGAAAAGUCGAAUCACAUCCUGGCCAGAUAACUUUAAGAGUUAUCUGAGAAAAGAUAAACCGUGUGGUUACACGUAGAUGUGUAGGACAUCAGUCUUUCAUUGAAUCUGCUACCAGUUUAUUCUAUCAAAAGAUUAUGGAAAUCAGAUACUUAAUUAAACCCUUGAGAGAAUAAAACAGAUCAGGAACGUUUUAUUUUAUAUUUCGGCAGGGUAAACUUUAGGGGGAAAACCCUAUAUAUUUAAAAUUUUACGGAAGGAAUAUAUAUUUUAAUGCAGUGUAAUAAAAUAGCGACGAGUAAAAAAAAAAUUGUAAAAUUUAGAAGCAGAAGUGAAAAUAAAUUAUAU